AUGAGUGAAUCCAAUUAUUUAAGCCAUAAAUUUAUAAAAAAUUAUGACGAACUGACUUCUCAAAACCCGCAUGCUAGUGAUCCACGAUUUUUACAAGUGAACCAGUUCAAUCACUGCGCUUAUAGAUAUACUUUGUUCUGCAGAUGUGCAAGGGAAUUAGGUGAAGAAAACCCUCGUUGCAAAUUUCAGUAUUAUCGCGCACAAAUUGCCUGUACAGCUGAGCAGCUCGAAGACUGGGAUGACCACAGACAGAAAGGUACAUGUGUUAUGGAUGUACUUCCUGAUAGAUUAACUGCACACUUAAGGCAAUAG